UCGUUCGAUAACUACCUGUCCGCACCGUUGCUCUGACCUUCACCUUUCUCCUCUUGUAAACGCUUUGAGCAAAAGGCCCAUUGAUGUCGUGAGUGAGAGUAUAUUGUCCACCCUCGUAUGUAAUCAUUAGUGAACCGAGAGAGCUGUACGCCGAACGUAGCGAAUUUUGUAACAGUGACGAGGUUUGUCAGUAAAAUGUUUUCAUUCAUCAGCACCAGAACCAGGCGAAAAUAAUGUCCGAAACGUAUCCUCUGCAUGAGUGCGUUUUCAAAGGUGACACCAGGAAACUGUCCCAACUACUGCGAACACACGAGCCCACGGAAAAAGAUAAACAUGGCAAUACACCACUGCAUCUCGCGGUCAUGCUGGGCAGGAAAGAAUGCACCUACCUACUGCUUGCACACGGCGCACCGGUUAAAGUAAAGAAUCUACAGGGAUGGUCACCGUUGGCCGAAGCCAUCUCGUAUGGGGAUCGGCAAAUUAUUUGUUCCUUGCUGAAAAAGCUGAAGCAACAAGCCCGCGAACAGAUGGAGCAACGAAGACCCAAUCUGGUCAAGGCGCUCAAGCAGAUGGGCGAUUUCUACAUGGAACUGAAGUGGGACUUCCACUCGUGGGUUCCGCUGAUCUCACGCAUCCUCCCGUCGGACGUGUGCAAGAUCCACAAGUCGGGCUGCUCGAUAAGACUCGACACGACGCUGGUAGAUUUCUCAGACAUGCGCUGGGAGCGGGGGGACAUUUCCUUCAUCUUCAAGGGCGACAAUCACCCCAAAGACUCACUGACGGCGCUCGAUAACGAGUGCCGCUGCUAUCAACACGUUCGCCACGAGGAAACGGAAAUGGAGAUCGAGGACGAGGUGGACAUACUGAUGUCGAGCGAUAUCCUCGCGGCGCAAAUGUCAACCAAAAGUAUUAGUUUUACGAAAGCACAAUCCGGCUGGAUCUUUCGCGAGGACAAGAAAGAAACGGUGGCCGGACAGUACGACAGUGAUCUCUACACCAUUAACGGGCUGACCCUGGAACAGCGCAAAAGGCGGGAGCACCUUUCCCGGGAUGAUCUGCAGAAGAACAAAGCGCUCAUGGAGUCCCUUACGAAGGGAGGCCAAGCGCAGGGUAUCGAUCAGAACGGAGAAAUCAUCCGGAGAGCCUCGCUGCAGCCCCCAUCAACUAACAGUAUCACCUGGGAGGAGUAUAUCGAGGCGGAGGCGGGACAGUAUCCUAACCUUGGACGUGACUUAGUUUAUAAGGAAUCGAGUAAGAACUUCAGAGCCACCGUUGCUAUGAGCAAAGAUUUUCCCUUAAGUGUCGACAUGCUGCUGAGUGUGCUGGAGGUGAUCGCCCCGUUCAAGCACUUCAGCAAACUGCGCGAGUUUGUCACCCUGAAACUGCCCGGCGGCUUCCCGGUGAAGAUCGACAUACCGAUCCUGCCGACCGUGUCGGCUAAAAUCACCUUUCAGAAGUUCGAAUUCCGGAACGACAUCUCACCGGAUCUGUUCGUCAUUCCGGACAACUACAAAGAGGACAGCAUGAGAUUUCUCAUCUAUUUUAUAGAUUUCCUGAUUUAUGACCUUUCGAUUUCGAAUACGUAAGCAGCGGAGCGCUACUAGGAUUGAGUUACCCCCCGGUGAACAUUGUUCUCGGAACGCUUGUGAGUGCGAGAUUCGCAGUAUUCGUUCUCAGCGGAAUAAGCUUGCUCAUCGUCAUCAAUUUCAUCACCAUCAUCAUCAUCAUCAGCAUCAUCUGCUGUUUCAUCCAACUUACGUCAAUCCUCACGCAAAUAUUAGCAAUAUUUGCAAAAGCGCAUGUAUUCCGAUUUAGUCAAAUAAUAAAACAUAUGUGACGAACGAAAGACAUCCUAGAAACUACUGUUAGAAACGAAACUCUUCUUGAACCGAUUUUGGCAUUUUUAAAUCACAUUUGAUUGGCAUUCACGAAGGAUCUCGUUUCACGAGUGGAUGAAAGGAAUACCGUGAAUAACAUAACUACACACGAACCCUUGAAACUAAGUCAGGUAGCAAUGGGAAGAUUACCAUGAAGAAACAAAAACCUUUUCUACCCUCCAUUUUAUAGAUCCUAAUCACACGAAUACAGGUGAAUAUUCCAUUCCAUUAAAGUUAAAUGCAGAUCGUGCGAGUGCAACAAUGUAUAAUCGGAAUCAGAUUGACCUACAAUUUGUUUUAUUCUGUAAUUAUUUAUUAGGCUCAUUUGUUAUUUUUCCACUAUUAAACAUUUAUAAACUAGGCGAGGAAAUUUUAGAAAUCGCCGAUCAGCUUCAUGUUUAUAUAAGCCAGAUUACAAUGAUCUAUAUCAACUCACCAAUACACUUCUGAUCCUGGUACCUCUGACACCACUGACCAUAUGAAGAGUAAGAGAAGGCUUCUCCGUAAAGUGUGUAUUUCUCGCCCAUGCAAGCCAUAAUGCAGUACCGUAUGUGUGAUAAUGUUUGCACCAUUAAGCAGUGUCAAAAUUUAAAAAAUUCUCAAAAAUUUCGGUUUAGAUUUCUUUAUUCAUUCAGAAGGGGGAUGUUUUUGAGUCUUGAACUAUGGUAAUCAUCGAUCGUUUUCGACUUUGCGGCAAUUACGGUCUCCACACGCUUCCGUAACGCACGGCAGGUCCUAUAAAUGUAGCCUAGAUCUAUUUCUCUUUAUUUGAGAAGCUUUCAGCCUCUUGAAGUGGUUCCGCUAAUUACAUACAGAUUUCGCAGAUCAUCAUAUUUCAAGCGACCACACCAAUGGUGGCAGUGGAAGGGUCCGUGCGAGACCGAUCAGUGGUCAGUCUUCAGGAUUCGUUGUUCUCGCAUCAUUUUCACGUACUCGAACCCAGCCAUCGUGCCCUUAACCUUACGUCUCUCUCUCUCUGCGAACCACCUUUCGGAUCAAAAAGUACGGAAAGAGUUGAUGAUCAACAACUUCAAGUCAUCAUGCGACACCUCCCAAGUGAAGAACGGUCCGAUGGGAUUGAUUCCGGCAAAUCGGUCGGCCGCUUCGUUCCCUGCGACGCAUCUGUGUCUGGGAACCCACAUGAGCACAGUGUCACGGAUUGCGGUUGCCUUGAAAAUUUCGGUCACCUCUGCCGAGAAGAUCUGGCAGAUGUCUGCAAGUCUUUUGCUGGAAAUCAAUCUGUUAUAACCGUCGCUUACCUCAAAACCAACUCCUGAUGGUUCUUUCGAGACGUUCGUAUGUUUGAUUUCGUGGAGAUGGUAUUUUUCUGCUAUGAUAACCUUAAAGUGUUCUUGCAGACCGGCCGAGCUCGCCCCGGCUCAUAAGUUGUUUAUGAUACCGUUCUCCACGAUAUCAGUUGGUUGAGAAGCUCCAGUCGUUUGGCCCAAACCAAGUUUGCUCUUUUUAACUUCCUCGAAAUGGUGGAGGAAGCUAACUUUAUGAUCGAACACUCCGAGGAUGUUUAAUGUUUUUCGAUGAGAAAUGUAUUCUUUGUACAGCUGGAUUCAGACCCUGAUGUAUGUGGCCGCAUAUGACCAUAUGGCCGCUCUUCUGCGCUGAAAGUUUGAAUCCUCUCUCGGCCGCCCACCGGCCUGUGGGUGUCACCCAUUGCCAUCAGAAGAAUGUCAUCCGCGUAGACGAACACGAAGACUCCCCUAGGCAGGACCUGGAACAGGCUAUUCAUGGGGACGAUAAAUAAAAUGACAACAAGAAAACAACCUUGCGAUAAUCCGGUCUCGCCGUGAAAAACUCGGAAGCUGCUGUUACCACUUUUGACCUCGAAGGCGAGUGGCGAAGUUCUUGAUGAAGUGAAGUGUGAACUGUCAACACCCCAAUCUGCCAGAGUUUUCUGCACAAACGGGAUCUAUGUUCUGUUAUACCUCUCCGCGGUUCGCGAAAUAGAUGUUGGCGUUUAUACCCGGUCGGAAGGUAGCUGUUCUUCUAGUUCAAUUUCCAGUUCUGGACAGAAAGGUGACCAGGCGUCUAUCCGUCAUUCUUUCCAGGAUCAGGAGGUUAAGGAAACUGGACGGUAGUCUUUGACGAUGUUACUGCUUCGGUAGACCGAAGGUAUGGGUGUUACUUUACUGUGUCUCCAGCUCUCGGGAAAUCCAUGUAUACUCGUCAGGUCGUUCAAGUUGCUGAGAAGGAGGGAUUUUCCAAACAGGGACAGUUGUUUCAGGGUCUUAUAUCCGAUACCAUCAGGACCGGUUGAUUCACCUUUCGCGGAACGUAGGGCGACGACAAGUUCUCCGAUGAUUACGUUCCGGCUAAAAGGAUUAUUGGGACGGCUUACCAGGAUCACAAAGUUGCUGACCGAAGUGGUAUCGCUCCCUGUCGACGGACGAACUCGGGUCAUAUUCGGAGAUGAAAGACAGCCCCGCUAAACAUUCUCCGAGUGUAAUCGAUGUAUCUGCCGGAUCGCUGAGGGUUGUACCGUCCACUUGAAGGCCUUCAUGACGCACCAUACUGGGUAAUCAAGCGAUUUGAGAUCGCAGCUGGAUGGCGGUCACAUAUCCUUCGCCCAGAACGGCAGAUGUUCCUGCAACCACUUCCGAGUAUGGUGCGAGGUGUGGCACGCAGCCCCAUCUUGUUGAAAUACAACAUUUGGCAUCGGGUCGUACUGCUCUUUGAUCAACAGAAGAAAUAAUGACUCAAGAUCUCAAUAUAGAACUCCGUGUUUACUUUGUUGUCUUUUGAAAUGAACACCGGAUUAUUUUUUGCCAUUGGAAGCCACCAAUCCAAACACCAUAACGUUACCAGGAUGCUUGGUCAUAUACACGUGUAACAGCCGGAAAUUUUUGCUCGAGAUUUCACUACCACUCUACACAGUGCAUCCAAAAAGUUCCGGGACUAUUUUUUAAAACAAAGAAAAAACGAUAUUUUUUCCCCCUGUUGGGGUUAACCACUGCGUCCAUUAUUUUGAACUAUUGUGGUAUACUUCUUUUUUAUACUACACUUGAAGCUUAUCUAUCGCUUAUUGAUGAAGGAGUAGACUGGAAGCUAUAGCGAGAUAGGUGCCAAUAAGGAAUAAUCUGUUUGAUAAUUGGCUGUCACUUCCCGGUCUUCCAAUUUCUUAGCUCACUUUUCAACACACAGUCAGAAAGUCCACAGAAUGGUUCUGGACCAGUGAAUGAUGAGUUUGAACCGUUCCUGGCAAGUUCAUCUGCUCGCUCGUAGCCCUCUAUACCGCAAUGGCCGGGAAUCCAGUACGAUUGUACCGAACUUAUCUGACUUAAUUGCCGUGAAAGGGAAAUGCAUUCCCAGACCAUUUUUCAAGAUCAUUUAAAAGUAUUUAGAGCUUUAAGUGCCGCUUGACUGUCUGAGAAUAUGCAGAUGUUAGCAUGUCUAUAUUUUCUUUUGAGGCAGACAUUUAAACAUUCUAUGAUUGCAGCUAUUUUUGCCUGAAAAACUGUUGGCCGGUUUCCCAUAGCUACAUAGAUUUUUGUUCUGGGACCAUACACUCCGGCACCUAUUCUGAUUCCCAUUUUCGAUCCAUCAGAGUAGAACAUGAUUGAACCACCUUCAUCCCAUACUGAACGAGAAUGUUCGAUAACUCUGUCAUAAUUAGUCCUAGGUUCCAUCCAAUCAUUGUUCACCGCUGAAGCUGGUCCAAUGGGCAAGAGAUUUAGGAUGCUCAAGUGACCAGUUUUGUCCCCGUCUAGUAUUUUUUCCAUCUUUUAAGCUUUAGAGCCUCUAGCUGAACAUAUUGGUUCAAAGGUACCAGAUGAAGGAUAGCCUCCAAUGCCUUUGAAGGAGUGCUUCACAUUGCUCCAGUAAUUGCAACACAUGCUAGUCGUUGGGGUUUGUUGAGCUGUUUUGUAGCUACAGUCUCCUUAGUCUUUGGCCACCAUACAAGUGAGGUUAUCCUAGGCCGCACAAUUGCAGUGUAGACCCACAUAACCAUUUUUGGUUUAAGGCCCCAUGUUCUUCCUAUCAUUUUAGAGCAUGCCCAUAGGGCUGAGUUGGUCUUGCUAAUUGUUGAAUCUAAGUGCGCAUUCCAGUUUAGUUUAGCAUCUAGGAUAACACCUAGAUAUUUCACUGAAGCGCUGCUUUUUAUUUCCUCACCCCUAAGAUGUAAAUACUGCAGAUGCUGUUUUUCGACAUAAAAAGCUGUCAUUGUCUACAUUAUUAGGAACGUGAACGACGACAAGCUACAGGAGCACCAGAUGUCGAAGGUCCUUAAUCAGGUCUGGGAACUUAUUCAUUGUCUUCCAAAAUGUCUCCGAAUGAAAGGUGUAAUAAAAACGAAACCAUACGUCAAGGAGGAAGCCGUGAAAUAUCCAGUAAUAUCCAAAGAUGAUGAAAAGCAACCGUCAGUGAGACUUUGUUUCAAUUGCAACUAAAGAGGUCAUCUGUCAGCGAAAUGUCCAUUGCCACAGAAGAAACCUCGAUGUACCAAAUGCGGAAAGAUUGGAACCACACAGAAACCAGGAGCCGAUAAUCCAGAUCCCGUAAAUGCAGACCGAGAAUCAGAGAGAAGGUACAGGUGUCGAAACGAAGCCAUAAUAUUUAAAGGUUGACGAUGGAAGCUGAAACCAGCUACGAUCGUGUUCAGUAAAUCUUAUUAGGCGUUCAACACUCUCGACGAUCUAUCAUGCCCGUCAUCGAACAGUGUUUAGAUUCUUACAUCCAAUUAUCGAGGACGAUAACAGCGCAGGAUUGCCAAACUGUAGCAGACGCAACUUUUGGCUCGGAAUAUCAGUAAGGUUCGUGUAUCAUCGAUAUCCAUCACCGCCGCUCGACUACCUGUGAGCUGAUCUUCAUUGUAUUACACACGGUCAAAGCAUUCAGAACAACAAACGUUUAGCUGUAGUUUUUUUCCAUUCAGUCUGUUUUAUUCACACCGCUUCCAUAAUCCGCCUAAACACGUUUUUAUACUCGUCGGCCACAUUUUUUACCGGGAGAGAACCACUGCAGCGAUCGGUUCUGGAAUUUGAUACUAGAUCGACGGUAAACAUGCUCUCAUCGGUGAACAGGAUUACCGGAUUUUUUUUCGCUUGAGGAUAUUCCAAAUUUUUUUACAUCGCUCGACUCAUAGCUCUCGGCUGCGGUUGGUGAUCAUGUGAGUUUUUUCCGUGCCCUCGACUUUGGCCCACAAUCUUCCUUCACGAUUUUCCGUGCCGUUUUAUGACAGCGAUAACCAUCGGAAUCCGAGAUGACCUUGGACGAGCUGUGGCCACCUUCGCGGUAGUUGUCCUUUCGUUUCUCGGUCCAAGACCCUUUUCACAGUUCACCGGGACACGGCGAUUGAAAUAUCUUUUUGCGAUAUUUGCGCGUGGGACAAAUCACGAAUACGCUGCAAUUUGGUCAUAGUGCAACUGCCAAACUAAGGUGAUCGGCUGAAACGGGAAUCUUAUUUGUACGAUGGUGCUAACAUUACCACGCAUACGGUAAUCAUUGAAAAACAGAGUUAAUUAUGGAAAAAAUAACAAAUUUCUAGACGUGCUUUUGUGGCAAGAUACGAGAACUCCAAGAGAAUGACAUUUUGUACAAACAAGCAGCCUUGUAUCAAGGAAUUAAAAGGCAUUGUGUUAGGGGCCCUCUCAGUCAACUCUUCGACGUUAUUUUUUCAACAAUUUGGAACAUGUUUUGGAACCAAUAUUCGAGUUUCAACAAAUGUUGUCAGCUUGUCAGUGAUUGCAAGCGAGAAAUGUAAAAUAUCGGCAAGAUCGGUAAAUAUGCUGGAUAUCGUGAUUGGCCGACCACAUAUCGCAUAACCAUCGAAAUCACAUAGAUUGUCUUGAAUGAAGCUAAUACGAUCGUGAGGCUCAUUCAGCAUAUGAUGGAGCGAAUCAAUAUAAGCCGUGAUAUCUCGCGAACGAAAUUUGAACUUUUUCUAAUCGUACAGAUUUCGAGACUUUGUGGGUGUAGCUUACGAUCAAGACUUGCAUUCACUCCUCAUGCAUUGUCCAUUGGAGAGUAUGCACAGACCAUAAAUGUGGCGAAUAAAUUAUAUAAUUUGUAUUGCGAGAUGCAACUCUUAUAAAUCGAUUCCAAUGAGGCAACACUGAAAUGCAAGUAAUAUACCAGUGCUAUACGUGAGUUCAGCGAACAUGAUCCCACCACGUUCCGGAAAACGUUGGUUCCAUCGCUUGACACUUUUUUUCAGGAACGCGCGAUGUGCUUUUUUCAGUUGCAUUUAGGGUUAAAAUAUUUCCCCAGAUAAUUGAAGACCCCAAAGUGGAUAAUUGUUUUGUCGAAUAUAUCAAGCUUCAAUUAAACAAGUUUAAAUUUAAACAAAAAAACAACCAUUGCAUGCUAAAAUAGUACUGAAAAUAACGAGCAAGUAUUGUACCAUUUAUGAAUCGGAUUAGAAAUUCACCUCAUUCAGAAAAUGAUAAUCAUUUUCUAAAUCAGAUGGCAAUCAAAGUACGCUUGCUGAGCGCACCCAGUAAGUAAUACAAAUCACAUACGACAUACAUUUGUAGCGAAUUUUUACCUAGAACACCUCGAGCCAACUCUACCCAGGCAUCCCAUAAAAACUAUAUCUUAACCCGACGUGAAGAAGAACCACGAAUACUAUCGCUUUUCUGCACCAAAUCUUCUCAUUUGCUACAUAUUUAUUGAAGAAAAACAAACGAAAAAAUAUACACAGCAAACCACAAUCGAGAGGUGAAUCAAGCUGAUGCUUAGUCUCAAGAGAAAGCAGCCAAUAAACGGUCUGAACAUUCAACCAAGUGGUAAUACAAACCGUUCGAUGGCUUUGAUGAAACUAGAACACGUUAGCUCAUUUUGUUUUAUUUUACUGUAAUGAUACCAUUCGCCCCCAUGUUCGUGAGAUGAAUAGCAAAUAAAGAAUUUGUCUGGUUUUACGAAUAUUGAGAGCUUCA